CUUAUACGUAAUGCGUAUAACUGUGACAGUUUUAUUCUUUCAAUCAUUAUUUUAGAAAUACUAUAGUUCUUAAUUUUAACUUCUAUAUAAUAAAAUGAACGAAACGAGACUAUUUGCAAACAAUUAAUAAAGAAAACAAUUAUAUUUUUUGUUUUACUUUUAAAUAUUUUUAUUCGAUACAUUUCGAUAUAUAAAACAGGAAUACGUAGGAAUAGUAGCUCAAAUCUAAAUAGAUCUAAGCAACAUGGGUGUCUGUUAAUGUUUACUGAAUCAUCUUGUAAUAAAUUUUUAAAGAUUUGUUCGUGUUAGAAUAAAGUUUGUGUAAUUGGAAUAAGAAAAAAGAACUAUUGUAAUUUAAGUAAAAAAAAAAAAAAAGAUGUUAACUGCUGCUGCAAACUCAUUAUCAAAUAACGGAGGAUCUUACAGCAAUGAUAGACCAUCAAAUACAGCAGAUGCAGAACUCGCAACUGAUCCUGCUUCAGGUGGAUUUUUUCAUUCGGAUUAUAAAAAGCAUGAAGAUUUAAAACAAAUGUUAGAUAGUAAUAAGGAUGGACUUAAAUUAGAAGCCAUGAAACGUAUAAUUGGGAUGAUAGCAAAGGGAAGAGAUGCAUCAGAAUUAUUUCCAGCAGUAGUAAAAAAUGUUGUCUCAAAGAAUAUUGAAGUGAAAAAAUUAGUUUAUGUUUAUUUGGUCCGUUAUGCAGAAGAUCAACAAGAUCUUGCUCUUUUAUCUAUUUCUACAUUUCAACGAGCAUUAAAAGAUCCUAAUCAAUUAAUAAGAGCCAGUGCUUUAAGAGUACUUUCAAGUAUACGAGUUUCUAUGAUAGUGCCUAUAGUGAUGCUUGCUAUUAAAGAUUCAGCAAGUGAUAUGUCACCAUAUGUCCGAAAAACUGCAGCACAUGCUAUUCCUAAACUUUAUUCAUUAGAUUCUGAACAAAAAGAAGAGUUAAUAAGUGUCUUAGAAAAGUUAUUAUCCGACAAAACAACUCUUGUUGUAGGUUCUGCAGUGAUGGCAUUUGAAGAAGUUUGUCCUGAAAGAAUAGAUUUGAUACACAAAAAUUAUAGGAAACUCUGUAAUUUAUUAGUUGAUGUUGAUGAAUGGGGUCAGGUUGUUAUAGUCAAUAUGCUUACAAGAUAUGCAAGAACACAAUUUAUUAAUCCUAAUAUAGAUAAUAUAGAAGAUGAUGAAAAUCGUCCAUUUUAUGAUUCUGAUUCUGAUUCGUCUAAUACAAAGAAACCAAAAUUAACAAUAGAUCCAGAUCACCGAUUAUUAUUACGAAAUACAAAACCUCUUUUACAAAGCAGAAAUGCUUCUGUAGUAAUGGCAGUAUCUCAAUUAUAUCAUCAUACAGCACCACGAAGUGAAGUAAUGAUUGCUGCCAAAGCAUUAAUCAGAUUAUUAAGAGGUCACAGAGAAGUUCAAAGCAUAGUUCUUCAUUGUAUUGCUAGCAUAUCAAUUGCCAGAAAGGGAAUGUUUGAACCUUUUCUUAAAUCAUUUUUUGUGAGAACUUCAGAUCCUACUCACAUAAAGCUUCUGAAAUUAGAUAUUUUGACUAAUUUAGCAACUGAAACUAGCAUUGGAGUUAUAUUAAGAGAAUUUCAAACUUAUAUCUCUAGUAGUGAUAAAGAAUUUGUUGGAGCAAGUAUACAAGCAAUUGGAAGAUGUGCAAGUAAUAUAAAAGAAGUGACUGAUACAUGUUUGAAUGGAUUAGUUUCAUUAUUAAGUAAUCGAGAUGAGGCUGUUGUAGCAGAAAGUGUUGUUGUUAUAAAAAAGUUGUUACAAACUCAAUCAAAUGAACAUAAAAAUAUAAUUGCUCACAUGGCAAAAUUAAUGGAUUUCAUAACUAUACCACAAGCAAGAGCAUCAAUUUUAUGGCUUUUAGGAGAAUAUUCAGAUAGAGUCCCUAAGAUAGCACCAGAUGUGCUUAGAAAAAUGGCCAAAAAUUUUGUAAAUGAACAAGAUAUUGUGAAAUUACAAAUAUUAAAUUUAGCUGUAAAGCUAUAUUUAAAUAAUCCUAUUCAAACUAAACCAUUUUGUCAAUAUGUUUUCCAACUUGCAAAAUAUGAUCAAAAUUAUGAUAUUAGAGAUCGUGCACGUUUCUUAAAACAUUUUAUUUUUGAUGAAGAUGGUCAUAAAAAAAAUCUCCCACAGCUUGCAAAAAGAAUAUUUCUAGCUCCAAAACCUGCACCAACAUUAACAUCUAGAUUCAAGAAUUCUGAAUAUCAGUUAGGUACAUUAUCUCAUUAUUUGGAUAUGCCAUGUGCUGGUUAUCGUCCUUUGCCAUCUUUCCCUGAUGUAGCUCCUGAUCCAUCUCUAAGAGAUGUUUCAAAUAGUAUUAUGAGAGAUACAAGAGAUGAAUAUUAUAGAAAAGAUAAAAAAGACAAAAAAGGAAAAGAAAAAGAGAAACCUUUUUACAGCGAUGAAGAGAGUGUUCAAGCAGAUGAAUUGAAUAAUGAAAAUGAGUCUUCAGAUACUACAAGUGAUUCUUCAGAUGAAGAAAGCGAUUCGUCUGAAUAUAUAUCGGAAUCUGGAAAAUCUGAAACUGAUAGUGAGAAAAAGAAAUCUGUAAAAAUAUCUGAUGAAUCAAAUAGCGAAACUGAAAGUGAAGAAUCAGAUUCUGAAGAUUCAUCUACAAAUUCUCAAGAAAGUAAAGAAACGAAAUAUAAGACUUUAAGUGAAGAAGCAAAGGAAAAACCAAAAAGCAACAUUGAUCUCCUUUUAGACUUAGAUGAUGUGAUUCCAAUGACACCGAUUAUGCCGUUAAGCACAGGUGGUCUUCUUACACCUAUCAAUUUGAAUAUUACAAACGAUAUCAGAGAAGUUUCAGCUUCAUUUAUUCCUAUAAGGAAAUCUGAAUUAUUAAAUAGCAUUACAGGUCAUGGUUUAAAAAUUGAGUAUAGAUUUACUAGAUCACAGCACUUAGUAAGUGCUUAUUUAGUUACUAUUGAAUUAACAUUUUCAAAUGAAGGAAAUGAACCUGUUAAAGAAAUACAAAUGGGAGUAAAGAAUUUACCAAAAGGAAUGCUUAUACAUGAUUUUACGAAAAUACCAUUAUUAGAAAUAAAUUCAAAUUUAUCUUCUACAUUAGGAAUUAAUUUUAAUGAUUCUACACAAUCAGCUAAUUUUAAUAUUGACUUUGUAAUUGGAGAUGACACAAAUUCAUGCCCUGUUAUUAUUAAAGCUCCAAUUGGAGAAAUAAUAAGAGCCAUACUCUUGCCAGAAAAUAUGUUUUUAACUGAAAAAACUAAAUUAAAGGGUAUGAAUGAACAUGUAGCAAAAGUGCAAUAUUCAGGGAAUAAGAAUGUUAUUUCUCAAAAAAUUUUUGAAACUGCAAAUGUUGCAAUGAUAUCUAAUAAUGAUGAAGAAAUCAGAUUUGCUGCCUACACUUUAGCAUCGAAAUCCUUGGUAUUAGUGACAAUAAAAAUUAUAAGUAAUGAAUGUCUCGAAAUCUGUGUUAAUUGCGAAAAAAUGGUAAUAGGUUCUAUCUUGUUAAAUGAAUUAAAAAGUAAUUUAAAAAUUAAUUAAAUAUUUUAUAUUUAUAAUCGUGAAUUAAAUAUAUUUAUAGUAUUUGUAUAAGAUAAAUGUAAGACUCAUAAAAUAAUGAUUAAGAGCAAAUAUGUAUGUUCAACUCUACAUGAAUAUACAUUAUUUAAAUAUAAGAAAUUAAUUAAGUAUAAUAUAUUUGUUAUGAGAUUAUUAAAAUUUUUAUAUUAAAUCGAAAUUAUUGUUUAGUAAAAAAAAUAUAUAUAUAAAUUCUGUAAAUCAUAUUGAAUAAAAUUCAUUAUAUUAUAAUUUGUAUUUUUUUAAAUAAAUAUAUUAUUCAAACAAAAUAUUUUAAAAUU